CAGAGUGAAGUGAUGAUGAGGAUGGGCUGGGGCGAUUUGGGAGCAUUUGGAGAGCCUUCUAAAGAAACCCCUAAUUUAGACCAGAUGGCUGCAGAAGGGAUGCUCUUCCCAAAUUUCUACACUGCUAACCCUCUGUGCUCCCCAUCAAGGGCAGCUCUGUUGACUGGCCGCCUCCCUAUCAGGAAUGGCUUCUACACCACAAACGCACAUGCUAGAAAUGCCUACGCACCACAGGAAAUAGUAGGGGGGAUCCCAGAUUCUGAGCUACUGCUUCCAGAGCUGCUGAAGAAAGCAGGAUAUGUCAAUAAGAUCAUUGGCAAAUGGCAUCUGGGUCACAGACCCCAAUUCCACCCUCUGAAGCAUGGGUUUGAUGAGUGGUUUGGGUCCCCGAACUGCCAUUUUGGACCGUACAAUAACAAGGACUUCCCAAACCUCCCUGUGUAUAGGGACCAGGAAAUGAUUGGCAGAUAUUACGAAGAUUUCAAAAUUGAUCUGAAGACAGGGGAGGCAAACUUAACUCAGAUCUACUUAAAGGAAGCUCUUGAUUUUAUUAACAGGCAGCAAGCCAGUCAACAGCCUUUCUUUCUGUACUGGGCAAUUGAUGCCACUCAUGCGCCUGUGUAUGCCUCCAAAGAUUUCUUGGGCACUAGCCAGAGAGGGCUGUAUGGAGAUGCUGUGCGAGAAAUUGAUGACAGCAUUGGAAAAAUCCUAAAACACCUUCAGAAGCUGGGCAUCAGCAAGAACACGUUUGUGUUUUUCACGUCUGAUAAUGGGGCUGCCCUCAUUUCGGCUCCUAAACAGGGGGGUAGCAAUGGGCCUUUUCUAUGCGGAAAACAGACAACGUUUGAAGGUGGCAUGAGAGAGCCAGCUAUUGCGUGGUGGCCUGGCUAUAUACCUGCAGGACAGGUGAGUCAUCAGCUGGGCAGCGUGAUGGAUCUCUUCACCACCAGCCUCUCACUGGCAGGAUUGCAGCUUCCCAAUGACAGACAGAUUGACGGCGUUGACCUUCUACCUGCUGUCCUGCAGGGCAAGCUAAUUGACAGGCCGAUAUUCUAUUACCGUGGCAACGAGAUGAUGGCAGUAAGAGUUGGGCUUUACAAGGCUCACUACUGGACUUGGAGCAACUCCUGGGAGGAGUACAGUAAGGGCAUCGAUUUUUGUCCUGGACAGAACAUCUCAGGAGUGACCACACAUACUCAAGAGGAACACACCCUUCUGCCACUGCUUUUCCAUUUGGGCAGGGACCCUGGGGAGAAGUAUCCAGUACGGUUUGCCAGCCCUGAGUACGAAGCAGUUAUAAAACGAAUAUCCCCCAUCGUUGACCAGCACAAGGCGACCUUGGUGCCAGGAGAACCACAGCUGAACCUAUGCGACAGGGCCGUCAUGAAUUGGGCUCCUCCAGGCUGCAAGAAGCUGGGAAAGUGCUUGGAACCUCCCACAUCCAACCCUACCAAGUGCUUCUGGCCGCACUGAUAUUUGCUUCGGGGCAGCAGAUCAGGUCAAGAAGUGAAACGAACUGAGGUCACGGUUCAUGGCGCCUGUCUUCCCGUAUUGACACUCGUGUGUUUGUGCCUCAGAAAGGAGCGAUGUCAGAUAUCAUCGUUUGCUCUUCCAAAAGGAUCAGUGUUACAGCCUCGCUUCUCGGGGCAAUAGCAAUUCUCUUCUGUUGUUUGAUUAGGCCUCCCUCUCAGUAGAUGAAAUGACACGUUGCUGCAACCCAUAGCACGUUUUCAGUAAUGGGUUUGUUUUAAAUGAUACAAGAGACAGUUUCUGCCCGAUUGCAGUUCUCCCCUUACCUCAGAGGUAAAGCAGACGGUCUCUUGUCUUGCUGCUUUCUCUCCCUGUUCUCUUGAGUAACUCUUCAUAGAGAUGCCCUGAAGUGCAAAGACCCAGAGGAGGAGCACAUAGAUAAAAGGUGUCAAUUUUGCUUUGAUUUUGACUGGCUUGUGCCAGUGCUUCUGCUGGGACUUAAAGCUGGAGGGUCCUGACUAGAAGGUCUUGUCCUUCUGCUCAGGUUCAGACCGACACCAUAUUUGGGGUCAGGAAGGCAUUUUACCCCCUGGUCAGAUUGGUAUGGACUGGGAGGGGUGGUUUUGCCUUCCUUUGUAGCAGGGACACAGUCUCUACCUGGGAUCUCUUGACCACCUUUUACAGAAGCAGGACAUUGGCAGCCGUGGUCCCCCUGCUUUCCCUGUGACAGGUUUGGACGUGUUGUGUCAGGAUUGACAUUAGUGUUACUAAGAGGUUGGACAGUGGAUUUGCCUGCAUGAUUUGGACAGGGCUGAUCCUGCUUCAGGCAGGGGUUGGACUAGAUGUGACCUCUGGAGCUCCCUUCCAGCCCUGCCUCUCUGUGAUUUUAUGACUGAUUUGUUUUCUUGUGACCAACUUGCUUUUCAGCUUUUUCCCUGAAAUUGUAAGUGCUUUGGGACAGGUCUCAUCUCCUGUUUAACAGCCCUGCAGCGUCAGCAGGGUUCUCCAGUGCUACCCCAGAGCAACUAACAGCAGCAGACUUCAACUCCCUGCAAUAUCCUAAUGUGAAAGAGCAGUCGCCAAUCAGGAGAAAGUGCAGUAUUUUCCAAGUACAAAUUUGAACGCGGGGCUGGUGUGAACAUUAAUUAAGCAGUAUUGGCAAAGCACUUAGAUGAAAAGCGCUAGCUAAGUGCUAAAUUCCCUUGCAGCAUUACAGGACAUUCUCUGGAGCAGCACGCAGCACACCUCCCUUCACGGCUGCUUCAUUUAUCCUUUCAUCUCAGGGAAUCUGGGUUCAAACAUGGGUGAGGUGAUGCUUCCAGCCUCCUAAUGUGAGGUCACUUCUUGGCAGGCGGGGAUGUGAGGUCGCUUCUCGGCAAGUAGGGCGCAGCCAGCCAGAGGCUUGGAAAUGCCUGUUCAGUCUCAACACCUUUGCCCUGUGAGUUCUUGGCCCUGCGCAAACUUUUCUAAGCGCUGCGUUCUGCAGCCUGGGCGCCGUGUUCCUGUCGGCUGAGUUCACAGCGGAUGUGGGUCCCUAGCAGAAUUGCGCAUUGCAAGCUGUGCUCUCACACGCUCUGCCAGUAUUAGCAUCUUUCCACUGCACAAAGAAAACCCAACACGCUCCUUGGAGGAUGGCAGGAGACGCCAGCAGUCCAGGCCGCCGGGGGAUGCCUCUUCUGCCAUUCCAGAGCAUCGGGUAUUGUUCAUGCUUCUCUGGGUUUGGAGCUGUGCUGGUACAGAGAGGGAAUGUCAAGGUACUCUUCACAUUCCUACUUAAUUCUGUUAGACUUCCCCAAGAGGCGGGUAGCUCCAAGGGGUUUUGAGGCAACCAUCUUUGGAGUAAGUCGUGUAAUGCUCCCUGCUCCCCUGCUUCUAAGCCUCUUGCCCACACAAAACCUCCUCCUCCUCCUCCCCUUCUGUUCCUCAAAGUACCUGCCUCCUGUGAGCCCCUCCAUCAUAUCCUGUAGCACAUGCUAGAUGAUAUCCUCUAGCAUGUGCUAGAGGCUGGAUUAUCCCAUGAGUAUGAGGCUGUCAAGAGUUGGCUCUUAAUGCUCCGUGUAUCAGGACUUCCAACCUCUGUCCGGUCUCUGCGACGGUCUGAUCCGCUGCGCUGUCAGUGGUGACUGCUCUGCUGUUGCACAUCUUCAUUAACUUGGUGCUCCCUGUUGUCCCUCGAGUAUUUAAAAGCAUCUCUGAUCAGGACCUAACAUGGAUUGCAUUACAGGCGGAUGGUGUGAGUCUCGAAUGCCUCACAUAGUGUAUUGAAUGACAGGGGAGGGUGGAUCUGGUGAGAGGAAUCAUCAAAGAAAGCCCUCCCAUUCCCAAUCUCUGUUCCCUCCCACCUUUAGAAGCUGCCACCUGGAAAGGCUCAUCACCCUGGAAUCCACUGUUACCAACACCACGUCCAGCCCCCUGCGUCUGCAGUCACCGGUACAUGGACUCCCUGUUGAUCCAAAGUUGUUCUGAAUGCACUGGGAGCAGUAGCAGCACGGCUUCUCAGGGCCCUGUGCAAAGAGAGGUCACCCGUGCCUUCUGAGCAGAAACUCAGACAUGCUUCCUAAAUUAUCAGUCGUUCAGAGCAUUUAGGUUGUGUUCACGCAGGUCUGGGCCAAGGGUUUCUUAUCCUCUGCCCUGUUUAACUCUUCCCCAGCUUACAACCAGUUUUGAAGAUACUGCCCUUCACUCCGCUAUCACCUGCCGAUACAAGUCUCAGCUUGUCGGUUUUCAGUGGGCACGUCUACACGGGACUUGAACUGCCUAAUGGCCUAAUAACACUGUGCAGUAGUGUGCUGGGCAGAAACUCUGCUAAUAUGUUACUGCGCAAUAGUAUUAGGCUAUUGCACAGUUAGUGUCACUAAAAAACCAUGCACCGGUGCUACUGUGCAAUAGCAGAAGUUACCGCACAUUGAUUUAGUAUUCAGUUAUCCAAGUACCAAACUUAAUGCGCAGUAAUUAUGGCGCAUUAACGAAUGUGUAGACACACCCAGUGUUCGGUUCUCUAGAACAUAGGUGCUCACCCCGCUCUGCCAAACCAGCUGCUUGAGAUGAAGUGCCAUUCCUAACCACCGCGACCAAAGGCCUGGCCAGACCCCUGAGCCACCGUUCCCCCUGCGCUCUACCGGGUAGAUGUCACCAGCCUCAAUUCAUACAUCAGCUGUGGCAUGGAGCACAGCCAUUUCCCUGACUCUUUUUCUCCAAGUAUCUCAGCGAUGCUUCUGUUGUGGUGUUUGUUCUGGGGUGGGAUUCGCUAAUUAAGAGACUUGGCAAGUAAAAGCAAAUUAAACUGUGAUUCAAGAAUUGUAGAACAACAUUGCACUGUGCCCUGUUCAUGGGGACCCAGCAAGACAAAGGUGACUGCGGGGAGAUUUGUGAUGUCCUCCGAUGAUAGUCUUGUUAACCAGAAGGCUGGAUACUUAAGAACGUGUGUGUGGUGUUGGGGGGGGAAUGACUAAAAAUGCUUACGUGGUCCUUAAACAUUUCUAAGGCAUUGAGUCGAUGACAAUGCAUUGCCUGAUGUCUGUGAUGUCUCAUGUUUUGGAGUAAAUCAUGCAGAAGUAAUAAAUGCCAAAAAGCACAAUAUUUAGAGCCAGUAUUAGAAACACGUGUACAAAACUGCAAUAUUAUUACAGGCCUGUGAAUGGCCAGUUUGACUGCCAGCUGGAACAGGCAUGUUUUAACGCACUGACAUUUGUUCACAAAUAAGUCGGUGCCUCCUUCAGAAAGGCAUGGUCCUAGAAAGCUGGCUGCUGUAAAUGAAGUCCCCUGCAACACUUGUUUAACUCCCUGCACUAUGCUUGUUCCUUGAUAAAAGAUGAAGGGUUUGAUAUGGAGGAGCUGGUGCUUUACAUUUAAAAUAAGAAUAGUUACGAAUAGCAAAUUGAAUUUAGUUUUAUAGCUGGAUCAUUGAGAAGUGUUUUAAAUCAGUGCCAAGGAUGUACAGAUGCUAAGGUUGGUCUUGAGGGGGCCACAAGGAAUUGAAGAACAAAAUAAAAUGGUAUUUUGUGCGAAUUUCUGCACCACGUGGAUUUUUAGGUAGCAAAAUGACCUUGCAACAGAGAACUGCAGAGAUCCUUUCCUUUCCCUCUUGCAGCCUGCAAACAGUUUGGGUGAAGGGUGGUACAGGGGUGCAGGGCUGGGAAUCAAGAGACUUCCAGAUCUGCUUCUGACCUGCUGGGUGGGACUUUGUCCAAGUCGCUUCCUUUCCCUGCCACGUGUUUCCCCCCGUCCUCUGCCUAGUUGCACAGUGAGCUGUGUGGCAGCGAUUGGGUAUGGCUGUACUGCGGUUGUACAAGCGUAUAGCGUAGAUAGACGAUGCUAGGGGGUUGCAUUGAACUACUAAGAAGCAGGACAAAUUGGCCUGCCCUGAUCUUCAUGUUGCCAUGGCUGGAGGACUACCGCUACCUGAACGUAACCAGUGUGAGGGAGUGCGGGCAGCUCUGCAGUCACAUCUGCCACCGUAGCAUGGGUGUACCACCGUCUCUUGCUUUAUGUACGCGUGCAACAUCCAGCACAGCGAGACACUCCUGGCAUACAAAUUCCCAGCAGCGUGCAUUGGGACAGAUUCCCGGAGACGCUACUGUGGUGUUGUACCACUCCGGUUACAUAAAGCACCGAUCAACUUGGUUUAACGGCAGGGAUGAACUGAGCCCAGGGCUGCCUGGUCACGGGAACAGCUCAAAGCGGCCUGGCCCUGAACAGACAGACCUUUGCUCCAGCCUUGGGCUGCAUCGCAGCCGUGCAGGGCCCUUUGCAGGGUCACCGUGCUCCCAGCAACCCCCAGUUUGGGAAUUCCCCACCCCGAGGCAGGAGCUGGUUUGCUGGUGGCUGCUUGAAGCUCAGCCUUUCAGAUGCUGCCUAGGGGAGCGGGUCUGCAGGAUGGCUGGGCGCAAACCAGCAGCAAUGGAAGCAGCUGGUUUCUUGAUGUUUUGCUCUCUUGAGCUGUGUAGCUUUUAUUUAGAGCCACAUAUACGAUCUAAGGGAAAAGACGGUCUUCUCA